AUGUCACAGUACUUUUAAAAAUAUUCUAUAAUAUAUGGCUGUGAAAUCAAGGAUCAUUAUAAAUUUAAGUAAUUUUUAGGGCGAGGAACCCAGGCAGAAGUUAGUUUAUAUAAAAAUAGACAAAAUAAAAAGCUUUAUGCAAUUAAAUCCUAUCUCAACUUGACUGAUGAAGAUAGAAUCGUUAUGAUGAAAGAGAUAAGCAUAUUAAGACAGCUGAAAACUUGUCCAGGAGUCAUUAAAUUGAAAAGAGUGUACUAAGUAUAAUCAGACUAUCACAUAAUUCUAGAAUAUGCAAAGUACGGGUCUCUAUAUAAUUAUGCAUUUCUGGAUUAUCAACUCGAUGAGAAAGAUUGCAUUAAAAUCUUAAAAUAGCUUCUAGAAAUAACUCACUUCAUGCAUCAGAAAGGAAUUAUUCAUAGGGACUUAAAGCCUGAUAAUAUUCUACUUAAAGAUCAAAGUCGAAUGAUAAUCUGUCUCUCAGAUUUUGGUCUAGCAAUAAAAGAAAAUGAUAAUACCAAUAAUAAAAUAAAAUGUGGAACGCCAGGCUAUGUUGACCCCGCAGUAUUAGGAGGUGAGCAAUUUUCAACAAAAAGUGAUAUAUUCAGUCUUGGCUGCUUAUUUUAUAACUUGCUGACUCAAAAUCACAUAUUCUAAGGUCAAACAGUUGAAAGAAUUCUAUUUAAUAACAGACAUCUAAACCCAUAAUAAUGUUUGAAAAGAUAAAAUUCAAAUUUAAGUAGCGGUUGCUUAGAAAUUUUAAAUAUGAUGCUUGAGAGAGAUUAAAGCAAAAGACCCACUGCUGGCUAAUGUUUAAAGCAUCACUUUAUUUCAAAAUUCGUGAGGAAUAGCAAUAUUAGAUCAUUUCAAAGUUCAUAAAUGCGUUAUAGAAAUAAAAAGGAAAAUACUAGUUCAAGUAAUGUACUUUAAGAAAUUAAUGAUGUUAUUUAGAUGGGAAAAUCAGCAAGAAAAGCAAUGAUUCAUAUAGAUCAAACAAUGUUAAAGAGCCAAAAAAUAGAAAAACUAAUAAAAUAAAAGACUAAAAAAGUAAAAAGAAUUUAGCAGAUUUAAAGUUAAUUCAAUUAUCAAUUUAGUCAAAAUGAACCAGAUCACUAAAUCAAAAGUAACAAUAACAAUUACAUCAAUAAUCUUCAAAGCCCGCUAAUUGAUAAAAUUGAACGUGAAACUUAAGAUGAUAUUUUAGAUAUCAGUGAAUUCUCUCAUGACGACUCAGCUUAUCCUAUCGAAUAGUAGCUGAAUGAUAGAUUUUAAAUUGCAAGCCAUGUAAAGGUUGAUAGGCAUUUGCAGUUUAGAUAUUUUAGACCUUUUUAAUGA